AUGUGUUUAGUUCUUGCUACAACUGGCAGUAAAAUGUUCUUGACAUUGCAAGUGAUGCAUCAAAGAAAAGAAGAUGAAGGAGUACUUGGUCGAUUCAACAUUUGGUACUUGUCCUCAUCUCAAACAUUUGUUCCACCUAAACAUUCAAAGUUAAUUUCCGAUAUUGCGUCAAUUGAUCAUUUACUUAUCAUUGCACAUGAAUUAUUUCAAUAUUCACCAGAAUUUCGAUUUCAGAAACAUCCUUCCGAUAUAUUAACAAACAAAGUAAUCAGUGAAGAAGAUGAAUAUAUGAAGUCACUUCGUAUUAAACAAGGAAUUAUCAAUGAAAAUCCAUCGACUUCAUCAAUUGAUAAUGAUGAAUAUCAUCAUGAUGUGUUUCAUCCAUGUCCAGACGAUUCUACUGAGAAUGGUGGUAUUAUAAGUGCAUAUAAAUUGAUGAUGUCUAUCUUGGAUUGCGAGUUUAAAGGUGCUCAACAAAUGCAAGCACAUUUAGUAGGUUGUGCUCGAAAAGCAACCAACAAGUUUCCUCAAAUAUGUGCAAUUUUAUGUUCAUUUGAAAUUAUUGGUGAAAUCGCCUCCAAUUUAUUGAAGUACAUAAUAUUUGAUGAAGGUAAUUAUUCUCGACCACAUUCAUUAUCCAACAAAUUUAUUUCAUUGGAAUUCGUUUGUGCUGCUCGUCAAUAUGUAAAGAAUUAUAUAACCAAUCUACCGGUCAUUGAUGGUCGAUCAAUUAUUUAUAUCAAUAAAUUACAAGUGGAACGUGCCUUUAACUUUUAUACAUAUGUUGAAGGAACAACAACAAUGUUGUUUGAUGCAUCACUUAUCAAUCAAACAGGUCAAAUUGUACAAGAAACCAAUCUUACAAAUUGUCUUUCAAAAAAAGAAAAACAAGAGAUGAGUUGGAUUAUUAAAGUGUUACAAACUCCAGUUAUAUUUUUUUCGAAUAAUUAUCUUUGCAAAUGGACUCCAGGUUGUCCUGGUUCUGGUGUGUUCAAAAAUACUACAACUGAAUUUCGUGUUCAUGUUUUGAGUUUGAUGACGACGUAUGGUUUAUUAAUGGUUGAUGAUUAUUUAUCAGCAAUGAAAACACAUUCAUUUGUUAAAGUUCCACCAAGUAUUCUUCGACAAAACGAAUCUUUAGUUAAAUUAUUUACUAUGUUUGGUCCAUCGUUGACGCUUAAUACUUAUGAAAAAUUGUACGAAAAUUUUGGCUUAGUAACAACAUCGGAUGCUUCGAUUGUUCCCAUAACACCUAUAGGAAUCAAAUUGUUACGUAAAAAUAAUGCUUUUGUUAAUUAUUAUCAUUGUUUAGAUAAAGAUGAACGUGUGUUGCACAUGAUUCAAGAACGACUCAAUUUGAAAGAAAUCUGUCUUAUUUGUUAUGGUAAAAAUGGUCCAUAUCGAUAUGAACUUAUUGAUGUAAAUAGAAAAAUCAUUAAUAUUUCAUCGAAAAAUACAAAUGACAAUUACAAUGAACGUGUGAACAGUGAUACAUUGUUAACAUCUAUUAUAACAACGACUAAUCAUAUGCAACAACACUUUUCUUCAGCUGAUGAAGUUAAUCAAGAAGAACAACAAUCAAAUAGAUCAUUGUUAUUGAAUCACAUGGUUGGUGUUAAUCAGAAAGAAAUUGCUUCACUCGUUGUCCAAGAUGAAAAUCAUGAUAGUAAUUUGAUAUCGGAAGUACAUGAUCAUUCACAAACGACUCGUCAAAUUCAACGAAAAAAAAGUAGUGAAUCAUCUAUCAGCAUUAAUAGUGGAACAUCUUCAUCAAGUAUAUCAUUAUCAUCAAUUGAUCAUCAAAUUCCAUUACAAAAGUUACCAUUAUCAUCAUCACCACUCCCAUCACUUUUGUUCAAAGAAGUACUCAAUAUCAAUAAUACAUUAAGUAUGAAUAAUAUGGAAAUUCUUGAUCUUUCAACAAUAUUGGAAGAACAAAAAUCAUCAUUAUCGAACUCUGCUACUGAAAAUUCACCCAUUUUACUUCAAUUUGUAUCGCCAGUAACAGAAACACCACAAUUUAUAACACAACCAUUUGUACCAACAGACCUUUUUACUGGUGCUACUAUUUCACCUAUCACUUGUCCAGAUAUUGAUCAACAAAGUGGUUUAUUAGAAUGUUCAACUGAUAAUGAGACAAACAAAUCAUCUUCGUUAUAUUCAACUGUUGUACCAACUAUAUCGGUCAAUUCUCAUGAUCCAGUCGGUUCAAUUUUACCUUUGUUUUCAAUGGAAUUGCAAUCGAACACUGAUGUAAGUGAACAUCGUUCAUCGAAUACGUCACCGAUGCGUUUAUCCUUUCAUUCUUCUGAAACUUCAACAGAAUCAUUACGAGAUUCAUCUUCAAUUUCCAUUGUCAAAAAGAAACGAGGACGAAAAUCGAAUAUUGAAAAACAGCAAACUUUCUCACCAAUUCAUGAUAUUGAAAAUAUUCUUGCCAAUUGUAAACAUCCAAUCUAUAAACGUCUUAUUCUACUUGAUGGGAUCGUAUUCAGUAAAACUGAUUUGACACAUGCUGUUCAACAGUUUGCAGAUUUACGUGAUGAUGCGAUUGAAAAAUUGUGUCAAGAUGGUAUUUUUAUCAGACGCGAAGUUUUUGCUAAAAGAUCUUCAUCUGGUGACGUAGAGUAUUUGGAAGGAUAUAUUAAAUGUAGUCCAGUAGACAGCAACGAUACAUCAUCCAAUAUUGAAGAAUAUAUUCAUUUUGCGGACUUAUUGGCAACAUAUGAUAUUACAACAGAAGAAUACAUUGAUUCAUUUAAUGGUAAACAAGCAUUUUUACAAAAUGAUGAGGUUGGUUUUAUCAAACAUGUUCUUAAUCGUUCACAUAUUAAACUAAAAUCAUAUCUCUUUUCUUUAAAAUUUGUUGAUUUUGUUCAAAACAAUAAUUAUUUCAGUCAACGAUUUACAAUUGAUAACAGUGAUACGUGUUUUGAUAAACCAUCAAUGACACCAACAACGUCAAAUACACAAAACGUAUUUGCUAAAAAAAAUUCGAAUGGAAUUAUUGAAUAUCUUGAUGGUUAUAUUAAACUUUGUCCAACAUAUAAUAUUAAUAAUAGUGCAUCAUCGUUUACCGGAGAUAAUAUAAAAUUUGCUGAAAUGUUAGGAGAAUACAAUAUAACUUUAGAAGAAUAUAUUAGUUCUUUUGAUAAUAAACAAUCAUCUCCACCAAAUUCAAAUAAUAAUAUAACUAAAGGGGUUUUAUCAAGAACAGAUAUUCAUUUGAAAACAUAUUUGUUUUCAACAAAGCUUGUUGAUUUUAUAAAUACUAAUCAUUUUUAUUCACAAAAGAUUCGUAGUUAG